UAAUGACAUAUGAUUGGGGUUUUAAAUGGUCUGGAGCAUUUCCACAUGACCGGAAAGAGAAAGCAGAAGGAAAAACAAAAAUGCAAUCAGACAGUCAAUGUCCCAUUCGACUAGCACUAUACAAACUGGACAUAAGCAGUCAAACAAGACCCUGUUUGGAGCGAUCUCCAUGGAACGAAUCCAGUCGAGAACUCUCCUCAUGGACACGAACACGACUCUCUUCCAAGGCAACCGCAGCAACCUCACCUGCUCCCGAGACAAUGUCGCGAAGACAGUGGUUUUCCCCAUUCUCUACUCCAUCCUGUUCCUGUCAGGGCUGUCACUCAAUGGUCUGGCAGUGUGGGUGUUCUUGCGCAUCCCCUCACGCUCCCACUUUGUCAUCUAUCUCAAGAAUGUCGUGGUUGCCGACGUCGUCAUGACCCUUACGUUCCCUUUCAAGGUGCUAUCAGACUCCAACAUGGCCUCCACUGGACUGCGAAUAUUCGUAUGCCGGGUCUCCUCGGUGCUGUUCUACCUCACCAUGUACAUCAGCAUCCUCUUCUUUGGCCUCAUAAGCAUCGACCGCUGCAGGAAGACACUGGCACCGUUCAAGGGCACCAACGCAACCAGGCUCACCCGUAGAAAAUUCCUCUCUAUCCUCGUGUGGAUCGUCCUACUGGUUCUCUGCCUUCCCAAUGUGAUCCUGACCAGUAAGACGCCGCAGUCGCUGUACUUCAAGUGCAGUGAUCUGAAGGACCGCGCUGGGCUGUUCUGGCAUGAGGUGGUCAAUCACGUGUGUCAAGUAAUCUUCUGGGGGAAUCUCUUGAUUGUAAUCAUGUGCUACACUCUAAUCACCAAAGAGCUAUACAAGUCCUACUCUCGCACCAAGGCUCGUGGUCCUGAGGGUUGCAGGGCUUUGGCCAAGCAGAAGCACCAUGCGAAAAGGAAGAUGAAUACCAAUGUCUUCCUGGUUCUGGCAGUGUUUUUUGUUUGCUUUGUGCCAUUCCACUUCGCCCGUGUGCCAUACACCAUGAGCCAGACGCGUGGCCUCCUCUUCGAUUGUCGACUCAAGCUCUUCUUCUUCCAGCUCAAAGAAAGUACUCUCUUCCUGUCAUCCCUUAACGCCCUCCUGGACCCACUCAUCUACUUCUUCCUCUGUAAGUCCUUCAGGACCACCCUUUUCAAGACACUCAGGCUUCCCCCUGGGACCUGCAGCUGGCUCCUGGAAAGGGACUCUGACACCAAUUCUAACAGCACCACCCUCAAAGAUUCUUCUCAGUGUGCAAGUGAUGGACCAUCAGGGCGGUAAGGCUUUCUGUGCAGAAGCACGAGUGGACAAAGUCCAUCAUGUUAUUUGAAACUGUACAACGUAAGGAAAAACUGCACAAGAGUCAAUUUAGUGAAAUAAAGCACCAUAACUAGUCGCCCAAUUGCUACAUAGCCUCACUUUGAUCAGUGACAUCUAUCUCCCUCUGCAAGCAGAAAGGGGGUGGGGAAGCAGCAGUAAAACAGGCCAGUGGAUGAUGUAGGGCAAGCAAGUUCAAUAAAAUUUGAGAGUGUGGAAAGAAGUCUCAAGUCAAAGGCCUUCGUAUAACAAGGUACCAUCUUAUACAAGGUUAAAUUAAACGUCACAAAAUUUUAUCCGUCCAACCAUUUCCUGAACCGGUUAUCCUCACAAGGGUCGCGGGAGUGCUGGAGGAUAUCCCAACUGUCAUCAGGCAUGAAGCAAGGUACACUGUGAACUGGUUACCAGCCAAUCGCAGGCCACAUGGAGACAGACAACAGUAGCACUCACAAUAAAACCUAAGGGCAAUUUAGAGUAUCCAAUUAAUGCAUGUAUUUUUGGGAAGUGGGAGAAAACCGGAGUGGUCUGAGACAACCCAUCCAGGCAACAUGCAAAUUCCACACAGGUGCUGUCAGGAUUUUAACCCCAGUCCUCGGAACUGUGAGGCCAGCGCUCUGCAGCUGUGCCACCGUGCCGUUCCCCAAAUUUUAUCAAACCAACUUUUUCUAGUAUUUGGAAUGUUAUAUUGGCUUUA